AUGUCUGACUCUACUUCGAACUCUUCUUUGGAUUCUGCUUCGGACUCGGUCUCGGAGUCUGCCUCUGACAGCGACGGUCCUCAGUUGCCAUUCCGCAGCAGCCGCAGCGCCGCGAGACGCAGACGUAGAGCCCGUCAGAUGCAAGAACGGCGUCUCUAUGAAGCCGAUCUUCCUGAUCAUGACGAUGAUGACUCUGAUGACGGCUAUGCAAGCGAGUCUUCGGUGCAGUGGGCUACGACCCUUUACGCCACUCCCGAGCAGCUGAGAAACCUGCCUCCUCUUCCUCUCAAUAACUCGAACUACGUGGCCGACAAUGCUUCGAUCUCUCAUCCCGUCAACCCUGUCCCGGACUCUCCUAUCCUUACAGAGUCUACAUCGGAAGAUUCUGAGACUGGCCUUAGCAACGCUGUCUUCGAUGAUUCUGACAUCGAUGAGGCUGCUUCCGACAUCUCUGAGGAUAGUCUCGCCGAUGUCGUCCCCGAUCCCCGUGUUCUCGAAGCGAUUGCCUCUGCGGGUUCUGAGCGAAACCCCAUCGUGAUCAAGAGCGCUCGCAUCAUCACCAGAAUGAGAGCCAGAAUUGCGGAGAACCCUGCCACCGCCAUUCAAGAGCGCCGAAAUGCCAUUGAGACCAUCGGCGAGAUCUUUCCGUUGCGCCUACUGACUUAUGGUGGUGGCUUUUUCACUCCGUUCCAGCCCCUUGGCGUGUGGCAUGAAGACAUCCUUCUUAGCGACAUAAACGCCUCAUUGGCACUGGAGCUGGCUUUCAGCCGUCUGGUCGAGUGGUCCGAUACCGUCAGGGCCCUCAGGGAUCUAACGCGACAACUCACUGAAGAGGUCAGUGACGAGGAGUACAUCACUGCCGAGGAGUUCCUCACUGACGAGGAAGACUACCCUCGCGAGCUGCGCAUCGAGAUCGUCGAGUUCGUAGCCAGGGAAGUGGGCUUCAUUGUUGCCUCGACUUACAUCAACCGCUACCACCUAUACCUCCUGGAGACCCUCUCCUAUCGCCCCCAUCUUAUCAUCGCGACGCUGUGUUGGGCAACUGCAUUGGCUUUGUUGUUCUACUUGUUCUUUGCUGUGAGAUUCUGA